AAAUUGUCAACCAUUAGCAACUAUCAUAAUAUUCACUAUGUACUCUGCAUUAGGAUAAUAUUGUACUUAUAACUUAAAUUUGGAUAAGUCUAAUUGGAGGAAUAACAGUAGCAUAAAUAUAAUAUUUGAAGUUUUAUUAAAAUAUUUUAUCACUAGAAGUAUAAAUUUAAAUGUUCAAGUCAGGGAUUUUUUGCAUUUUCUUCACUCUUUUAAUUCAAAUAAAAGGCGAUGAUUUUAAAGAAGAGAUAUUUAUUAAACCCUUACCACCAUCUCAUCUUUACGUUAAUUUUCAUUUCAUAACACUAGUAAAUGGAGAAGAGUCCUUUCAACACUCCCUUCUUGCACCAAGAUCUUUGGGUGAAAUUAUGUCUCGGUAUCAAGUAGAUGAAUUGCACCUUACUUUAACAGAAGGACAAUGGAAACAUAACCAAUGGGGCUAUCCAGUGUUAGAUGCCGCUCCUGGGGCUGAACUUUAUGCAUGGUUCAAUACAGAUGUAAUUGAUGUGGAUACUCAAUGGAAGAAACUAAGCUCUACUUUAUCUGGACUUUUUUGUGCUUCAUUAAAUUUUAUUGAAAAUUUCAAUACUAUUACACCAAAGAUGUCUUUAUGGCCGACAGGUGCACAAAAACCAAAUCAUAACUAUACAUCACAAUUAAGAUACGCAUCACUCCCACGAGAAAUUGUUUGUACAGAAAAUUUAACACCUUGGAAAAAAUUGCUUCCCUGUGAAUCAACUCAUGGAUUUUCUUCCCUUCUUAACUCUCGUAUGAUUCAUAAUACUAACUAUCAUUCUAUUGGAGUACAUGUUCGAAGGACAUGUGCUGAUAGCAACUGCUUAGAAACAAACUUAGAAAUUAAACAAACUGUAGCACUUGUUUAUGAUUUUAAAAUUAUUAAUAGCAUGGAUUGGUCGUUCAGAAAGUUAUUUGGCCAAGGACUGCCAGGAGCAUGUCCACUUUCAUCUUCUAGCAAAAUUUAUGUAGACACUUCUUCAAAUAAUACUUACCGCUUCAAACUUACUCCAGAGCCAACUGAUAUACUGCUAUCAAAGAGAGGUGGAAGUGAGACAGAAUUAGCAGUAUAUAACAUUAACAAUUCUAUGAUGGUGAAUAUUGUAGCUAAAUAUGAAACAAAGAAUAAAAUAUUUGUAAAUAUACCACCACCAUUGUGUUUUACACGGUAUGUUCUUGGUUAUGGUAAAGAAUUUGGAGGAAUUGUGACCGAGCUAACUAAUAAUCAUUGGGCUCCAAUCGAUGUUGUGGUCUUAGAAAAUGCACCUUGGUGGCUGCCUAUACAACUUAGUUCAUUGAGGGUCAAUGGAGAAGCAGAAAGUAAAUUAAUUUUAUCACAGUAUUAUUCUCCAGGAAAAAGUAGGCUGAAACCUUAUCAUUUAGAACUUCUCUUGAGAUUGCCUCCUAAAUCUACAACUACCUUGACUAUAGAUUUUGAAUUUGUUUUCCUCAAAUGGCAAGAAUAUCCACCCGAUGCAAAUCAUGGAUUCUACAUCGGAUCUGCUUUAAUUUCAGCAAAUCUUCCAACUGCUAAAAAUUAUACUAGUCUACCAAUAACUGGAAAUACAUUUGAUUCUAUUGUAAAUGCUUCAAAGCCAUGGUAUCCAAUGGUUUUCAGAACAAAUGGAGCUAUGGUAUCACUGCCAACCCCUGAUUUUAGCAUGCCAUAUAAUGUAAUAUGUUUAGCGUGUACAGUAGUUGCCUUAGCGUUUGGACCAUUGAAUAAUAUAUGUACAAAAGAAUUAGUCUUGAAAGCUGCUGGAACAUCUUUUACUUUACGUCAAAAAAUAUUUAAUAUAUUUAAAAAGAAGAAAGACUAAAAUAUAACCAUUAUUAUAAUUCUUUUUCCAAAGA